GCAGGUCAGCUGAGAGGGUUUUCAUUUCCCGGGCGCAACAUGACUUUCCUCGUUGUAUUUUGCCGUAGAGCCUGUCGAGCGGUACUACUCAAGGAGGGGGCCGGUGUGAGCAGCCGCUGCCUUCUCCGUGUGGUGCCCAGGAGGCCUGUGACCCAAACUCGAAGCCUCGGCUCCAAACGGAAGGGCAACGCGCUGAAACGCUGGACCUUGCUGGUGGAUCCGUUCAGCUCCCUGAAGGUCCGCCUGCCCUGCGAUGUGUCCGUGAAGGCGUUGGAUCUGCACGGUUAUCCGGCAGCUGACCGCGCUUUUGUGGAGCUCUUUUCCCCCAACCAAGGUGAAAACCUGGAUGAUGUUGUGGUGCAGUAUGACAAGGCUCUUAAACAGAUGACAGUGGUUUCAGAAAACGUUAGCAGCGAUGCUCGUAUUGAUCUGGUAACACCAGUGAAGUUUGAUCUGGAUAUUAGCACAUUUCAUAAAGGAUGCGUUAAAAUAAAGAAAAUGGAGUGUGAUAACUGCUAUGUGGAAACUGAGAGAGGGCACAGUAUCUUGAAUUCAUUAAAGGCCCAUAAAGUCAAAGUGCAAAGCAGAGGUGGAAAUGUGAUCUGUCUAGGAACAAUCCAUGGAAAUGUAGAUAUACAGACCUCUAAUAAAGGUGUUGUGGAAAUUGACAAACUUCAAGGAACAACCAUGAAUAUUUCCACUGCUGAUGGUGUAUUAAAAACAAAGUACAUUUAUGCCAAGUCUUCACAUCUGUCUUCUUCCAUUGGGAAUAUUGAACUUGGAAACGUUCACGGUAGUGUUACUAUUCAGACGGAAGCAGGUGCUGUUACAGUAGAUUCCUCUGAUGGCAAUCUAAAGGCUACAACACAACAAGGCGACUUGGAUGUUUACAUCAGCCAGCUGGGAAUUGUGAAUCUCCUUACACAAGAAGGAUCUAUCGCACUAAAAGUGCCCAAAGCCCUAAGAGCUAAACUCCAAUUAUCAGGAACUGUGGUUGAAAUCAGUCCUGAGCUUCACUUGCAGGAUAUUGACAGUAACACAGAACAAGGUCACCAAACUAUUCAAGGUUUUCUGAAUGGUAGAGGGGAAGGUGUGCAUUUAAUCGAGGCUCACACAGUGCGUGGAAUGCUGAACAUAAAAAGUCAAAGUUGGAUUGAAUCUACUAAAUUGAAGCCAUUGUAAUUUGGUUUUACUUGAACUUUUGGAUUUUUUUGCAAUUUUUACAUUAAUGCCAGCUUUCUGUGUAUAAUUACUACAGGUUCACUUAUUUUAAUUUUUAUUUGCAGUUGAAAUAAUAGUCUGUUUUGUCACUUUAAUGCCUUAGCCUGUUUAAAAGCUGUCUAUAACUAGAUUAUUAAUUAACAUGUACCUGUUUUCAUGUUUCAAUUUGUACAAUUUAAUUUUUUGAAAUAAAGAUGAAUAAAAAGCUUAACAGGGCAAUAUUUAGGAAAUGUAGUGGUCACAGUCACUGUUCAGUAAAAUUAUAAUCCUGGACAAAUACUGUCAUUUCAGUCACUUUCAAUAAUAAGUAUGUACCUGGAGAAAGAAUGUUGAAGAACAAUAUUUUCUGUAUUGCAGAUAAAUUUAUGUUCUGGGGAAACUUGUUUGAUUGUGAAAGCUAUAGUCAUAAUCAAUAAUCACUUGAAUGUAUUUGGUCUAUAGUGAUAUCUUGUAAAAAUGUAAUACCCCAAAGACAUUUGCCUGUAACCAAAAAAAAUCAAGACAUUAUUGACCAUCUCAAAUAACCUGUGUUGCAUUAAGUAUAUUCACAAGUUGCAAAUUGUGGAGAGCCUUCAAUGCAUAAUAUCUGUUUGCAACUCAAAAGAAGAGACACAUAGGUUAGGAUGUGUUAAUGGUAUAGUGAUUAACUUAGUGGAAAAGUAAUCCAGGAAUUUGGGAAGAAAACCAACUAUUCUUAAUAAUGAUGAUAACAUGAUUGUCAUAAAAUCUCAUCUGGUUUACUAAUGACCUGGGGGGAGGGGACGAGAGGAAAUUUGCCCUCCUUGCUGAGUUGAGCCUGUGUGUGACUCUAGACUCAAUGUGGUGAAUUCUUAAAUGGCCUAGCAAGCCAUUUAAGAAUCAACCAUUACUGAAGCAUUGAAGUAGAGAAAUAAUAAAACUCAACAGGCCACCUGGCUUUGACUUGGGUACUAAAUUUGAAUACAGAGUUACUCUUAGCCCAGUCAACCUUACAAACUUGAGCUCACAAACAUCAGUGACUGCUGUCUAAAUUGGAAGUGUUACCCCAGAGACAAAUUAAACAAUAGCCUGACUUGGUCGUGAUCACAAAUCAUACUUACAGACUCCUCAGUCACAUACCUGGGUAUGUUCCAUCCCACUGGCAAGAGAUACCAGAGGUGGCAGCACAGUGAUAUGCAGGAAAGAAGCAGUAGGUCUGGAAGUUCUCAAUAUUAACUCCCAGCCUCUCAAAAUCAUAGAUUAAACAUGUGGCAAGAAACAGUCUCCUGAUUACCACCAACCAUUAGCCCUCAGCUGCUAAAGCAUAUUCCCUCUGUUGAACAAAGAGAAGCACUAAAAGUAGCAAGGGCAGAAUGAACUCUGGGUGGUGAACUUCAAUUCCAUCGCCAAUAAUACCUUCACAAUACCAUAGGUGUCAGACUGUGUCUACAGCAGGUAGUGAGUGAACUAACCAAGAGAUAACUUGAACUUGUCCUUGCCUUUCUGCAUGCAGCAGAUGCAUCUGUUCACAAUAGCCUUGAUGGAAGUGACCACUCUGCAAGCCUUGUAAAGGUAAAGUGCUAUUGAAUACCUACUGACAAAGUCCUACUGAAGACUUCCUCCAUUAUCUCUCCCAGCAAGCAUUGUUUGGGUCAGACUUAUAACAGAUCUGGCAGUUGAACACUGGGCAUCCAUGAGGCACAGUGAACCAUUAGGAACAGCAGAAAUGUACUUCCCUCACCAUAGUCUGUAACAAAAUGGCCCAACAUAUGCCUCACUCUACCAUUAUUAUCAAGACUGGGGAUCAAACUUGGUUCUUUGAGGAGUUCAAAAGGGCAUGUCAGGAGCAGCACGAGGCAUACUUAAAUGAGGUGUCAACCUGAUGAUAUUGCACCACAACUACAUGCACACUGAACAAAGCUAAGUGAUCUUACAACAAAUGGAUCAGAUUGAAGCUCAACAGUUCUAUAUCUAGUUGUAAGUGGUGGUAGAGAAACAAAUGAUUGAGAGGAACACACACAAAAAGUGCUGGAGGAACUCAGCAGGUCGGGCAGCAUCCAUGGAGAGAAAUAAAUAGUCAACAUUUUGGGUCAAGCCCCUUCAUCAGGACUGGAAAGGAAGAGGACAGAAGCCAGAAUAAGAAGGUUGGGAGAGGGGGAGGAGCAGGCAGGUAAUAGGUGAGUUCAGGUGAGAGGGAGAAGGUCGGUGGGUGGGGGAGUGAGGAGAUGUAAGCAGCUGAGAGGUGAUAGGUUGAAAUUGCAAAGGGCUGAAGAAGAAGGAAUCCAGUAAGAGAGGGCAGUGGACUAUGGA